CGAACGUCUCUGUUGUGAGUGUGCGCCCUUUGUCGACCUGUUUCGGGCGCCUCAUCUCAUCCACCCCCCAUCGCUCCCGUUAGUCGAUUGAGAAUCAUGGUGGUGAAGACUCUGGUGCUGGUUCGCCACGGCGAGUCGCAGUGGAACCAGGAGAACCGCUUCACAGGGUGGACUGACGUGCCCCUGAACGAGACGGGCAAGAACGAGGCCAAGGCUGCGGGCGAGGUGCUCAAGGAGAAGGGCUACUCAUUCGACAUCGCCUUCACCAGCGUCCUCAAGCGGGCGGUGCACACCACCUGGAACAUCCUGGAGGAGCUCGACCUGCACUACAUACCCGUCAUCAACAGCUGGCGGCUCAACGAGCGACACUAUGGCGCACUCCAGGGACUCAACAAGGCCGAAACCGCUGCCAAACAUGGAGAUGAACAGGUCAGUUAUGCGAGGGGUGGUUGCAUGGUAAGUGAGUUGCAGGCAUUUCUGGUCUCAUUCCUUUCUCUGUUGGUGCGGUGCCUGACCGUGUCUGUUUGCAGGUGUUGGUGUGGCGUCGUUCGUAUGACGUGCCGCCGCCCCCUCUGGAGAAGGCCGACAAGCGCUGGCCCGGCAACGACAAGAUGUACGCCCACCUGCCCCGCGAGGUGCUGCCCUUCACCGAGUGCCUCAAGGACACCGUCGAGCGCGUGCUGCCCUUCUGGUUCGACCACAUCGCCCCCGAGCUCAUGCGCGACAAGAAGGUCCUGGUGGCCGCCCACGGCAACUCGCUCCGCGGCCUCGUCAAGCACCUCGACGGCAUGACCGAGGACGCCGUCCUGAAGCUCAACAUCCCCACUGGCGUCCCGCUGGUCUACGAGCUGGACGAGGAGCUCAAGCCCAUCAAGCACUACUACCUCAUGGACGAGGCGGAACUCAAGAAGAAAAUGGACGCCGUCGCCCAACAGGGCAAGGCCAAGUGA